CCCCCCCCCCCCCCAUCUCUCUCUCUAUCCAUGCUUGACUCCUCAGAUUGGCUCUUUGCACCACGGUCUCGGCUGUGUCCUCUCCUUGCCCCACCGGAGGUUGGUGUGUUAUUGCCGUCUCUUCGAAGUUCCCGACCCCAACAAACCCCAGAAGCUGGGCGUGCACCAGAGAGAGAUCUUCCUCUUCAACGACCUGCUGGUGGUCACAAAGAUCUUCCAGAAGAAGAGGAACUCGGUCACGUACAGCUUCAGGCAGUCCUUCUCCCUCUACGGCAUGCAAGUGAUCAUCUUCGAGAACCAGUAUUAUCCGAACGGGGUGCGGCUGACGUCGGCGGUCCCGGGUGCCGACAUCAAGGUCCUGAUCAACUUCAACGCCCCCAACCCCCAGGACCGCAAGAAGUUCACCGACGACCUGAGGGAGUCCGUGGCCGAGGUCCAGGAGAUGGAGAAGUACCGCAUUGAGUCCGAGCUGGAGAAGCAGAAGGGCGUGGUCCGGCCCAUCAUGGGGUCGCAGGGGUCGGGGGUCAAGAAGGACACCGGGAACGGCCAUCUGAGCCGCGCCAGCCUGGACGACAGCUACGCCAUGGGGGAGGGGCUUAAGCGGAGCGCACUCAGUAGCUCCCUGCGAGACCUGUCGGACGCAGGCAAGCGUGGGCGACGCAGCAGUGCAGGAUCACUAGACAGCAAUAUGGAAGGCUCCAUCAUUAACAGCCCCCACUUGCGGCGGCGCGCAGCCACGCCCGGCCGCGACUGCCCGUCCCGCCACAGCGGCCAGUCGCUGCCCAACUCGUCCUCGCUGCUGGGCACCCUGUUCGGCCCCCGGAGGGCGAAGUCCCCCAGCCCCACCCAGGCCCAGGCCCACCCCACCCUCAUCUCCCACACACUGCACCCCACCAACCUCCACCACACGGCCCGCUCCGAGGCGGACGGCCCGGCCCCCCCGCCCGGCCCGCAGACGCACCCCCACCACGCCCAGUUCUGCCACGUGGGCCAGAACCCCCCGCCCUACCACCACCACCACCACUACCACCCCCCCGCCCUGGUCAAGCACCCGCCGCCCCACCCCCCCUUCCACGCCCCGGCCCCCACGCACCCCCCUCCCCCCCAGCAGCAGCAGCAGCAGCAGCCGUCGACCUCCGCCUACCCGCCUCACCCCUACGAGAGGCAGGGGCACGGCAGCCAUGGGAGUCACCCCCCCCACGGAGCCCCCCACGGCGCCCCCCACGGCCCCCCCCACGGCCCCCCCCACGGCGCCCACCAUCACGGGCCCCCGACGGCGGCCCCGGCUCCGGCGGCCAGCAGCACCAAACCCAAACACAGCGGCAUCAGCACAGUGGUGUGAGGGCCGGAGGACCUCAGGGAGGACUCCGGGAGGUGAACCCGCCCGGUCACGCCGGUCCCGACACAGAACACUCCCUGUGUCUGAUUCUUCUUCCACUUCCUCCUCCUCUGCCGCCGCAGUCAUCGGCGUCGGCGGUUUGUUUCGCGGGAACGGCGGACUCCCUGUGCGCCGCUCCUGUGGUUGCCACGACGACGACGAACUCCCGCCGGAAACAAAAACGGCUGAGCAUGCACAAAAGUAAAAAAGACCACCACUACUGUUUCCCCCUGACGACGGAACCCGAAGUAGCGGCGCGAAGAGGGCCUUCGAUCGGACAUCCUGGGAGACGAGUGAGCGUGCGCUGGUUCCCAACCGACCACGGGGGCGUUUGUCUCGUGCGGGCGCGUUCUGGCUAGGUGAGGCGCCGAGCCCGCCGAAAGCUAACUAUUUUAUCCUAGCCGUAGCUCAAAGUACACACUGUGAUAUCUCUGUAAACAGUCCUAAAUGUGCCAAUAAUGGAAGCAUUUACAAAAAGUUAGUCACAAGAUAUUUUCUCUCUCUGUGUAUAUCGUUGCAUAUAGUAUUUUGUAAAAAUAAUGAUAAUAUUAUCAAUAGUUAUUAUUAUUACUACAGAACAAAUGGCAGUCUAUAUGGCAUCAAUUCAAACUCAGUAUUAUACUCUCUCUAGUGUAGUUGACCUCGUUUCACUAUUAAGAAACCGGUAAAGCUUUGUAGGAAGUUUAGUGGGUCCAAAUGCUCUACGGUUGCCUUCGACAUUAGGACGCCGUGGUGGAGUGGAUUCGGUCACACCUUCCUCUACAGCACUCCGGCAGAGAAUGUUCCGCGCUCUUCCGCUGGUUGAAUGUCUGUUAGCCUAUUGCCCCCCAGCUGUUUUUUUCCAUCAUCGUUUGAUUUGUUUGGAACUAUUUUAUUUUCCUUCGUCCAAUAAAGAAAUGCUCUGUACAUCA